AGAGGCAAAAUACUCCUCGAAUUGAGCGGCUUCAUCCAAACUGCAUCGCUUGCCUCCGACGCUCUGUUAAAAUUCAACACCCAUAUCGGCUCCGCGGCCGACAUGGUCAUUGCAAAUACUCAAUCGACCAAGGAGGCUCUCGACCGCAUCCCACUGGAACCAGGCUCGCCUGGAGUUCUCUCUCGGACUUUUCGUGCCGUCAUUCCCUUUUACCACGACCCCCGCGCGAGGGCUAAAGCGGCGAUUGUCGCGCAGUAUCACAAACACUUGCACCACGUCCAAGACGAAAUCGAUAUUCUUCUUAUUGAAGCAAAUACGAUUCUUGGCUUCUUAUACGCCCUGGAAAACCAUCUCGAUUCCAUCUAUAAGUUCGCCUCAGAAGACAACGCACAGGUCCAGCUCUCCCGAGACGAGAUCCUUGGCCAUUUGUGGACCUUGACCGGUAUAUGGAAUACUAUUACCGGCGCCAGCAGCACUGCCGUGGGAGGGUGGCGUCUUUCCAAUCUUAUCGGCCGAGGCAGUGGCAGCAGAGAAGGAGGGUCAAGUAGAUCCAAACUCUCCGAUUACGACCGCCAAAUCGGCCUUCUGCGACAUGUCACCGAGAACCGCAAGUCCGUCUGGGCCCACGUUACUGGCGUCAUUAUGAAACUCAAAACCAUGCAUGCAGGACUCGAAAAUCUCCACGAACGUACCAAUGCCACAAAAUAUCGUAGAGACGGUACAGAUAUCCCGCUCAGUGUUCAUCUCGGCUAUGUCCAGCGUGGCGCGGAGCGACUCGAGGCUGAAAGAAAACGUUCCAAGAAGAUGGAAGACGAUGUUGUGAAGAAAAUACUCGAUCUGGCACAUGGAAGAUGAGAGGUGGGUUGCUCCGACGAUCCUUCCGGCUAUUAUUUUGCGCAAAUGAAGUAGCAUCAUUUCCUCUUCUUCUUCUUCUUUUUCUUCUUCUUCAUUCCACUCAUUAUAAGGUCUAAUUAUUACAGUAUUACUUGAUAUAGGGUUAAGGGCUUAAACCAUUUAUUUAAUGCACUGUAAC